GGAAAACUGCAGCUUCAAAGCGGAAGUGGAUUAGUUGUUUGUUAGCAACAGUCUCUGUGCACAGUGUGUGGUGCGUUUGAACGAUUGAAAGAUGUUUGCUCAUGAUGAGACAGCUGGUGAUAUUCCUGUCAAGGACAUCACUCUUCUUAACCCCAACGCUGCCCCAUUACCAGAGUCCCUAUUGUCUCAGAAUGCCAGAGAGAGGCAGAAUGUGUCCAAGCUCAGCAGGGAGGAUCUGGAAGACAAAUAUUUACGCAUGCAGGAGGAAACCCUCGUACUAAAACAGCACACAUGCAAACAAGAAGACAAGAUCCGCAGAAUGGCAACAAAGUUGAUUCGUCUGGUGAAGGACCGUAAGCAGGCCGAGCGGGCAUCCUCAGGGGGUCGUGUAGCGAGCGGUCGUGAUGUUGAGAUGGAGGAGAUGAUUGAGGAGCUGCAGGAGAAGGUUCAAGAGCUGGAGAAACAGAACGAAGGGCUCAGACGUCGUCUGCUAGCAGCCAAGCAGCAGCUGCAGAUUCAAACCCGCAGGCAGACUCCAUACAGCCACAUCCAACCACGCAUUAAUUCCGGCCUGCGUAGACUCCGAGACGACAUGCCUAUGACAUCAUCAAGACCACACACUCCAAAAGCAGGUUUCAGGCUUGUUGAAGGGGACACAAGUGCAAAGCCACCUCAGGGUCUGUUACCACGCUAUGGCCACAGUCUGCUGGACGAGGCUCGUGCAGAAAUUCGUAACCUAGAGAACGUGUUGGAGAGCCAAAGAGCUCAGAUGGAGGAGAUGGAGAGAUCGGCUGAGAUUUUACGAGAUCAGCUGAGUAGGAAAGAGAGGGAGUAUGAGGAGUCACUCCUCCAGACGAGAGAACAUCAGGCCAGUGGACAGAGGUUGACUAUAAAGGACAAUGUGGAGAUGAUCAAACUACAAAAGCUGCUGGCCGAGAAGGGAAACACAGUCACAGUACUGGAGGGCAGAUUUCUACAGCAACAAGAGAGUCUAAAGUCUCUGAAGGCAAGUCAUAAUGCAGCUCUGCUGAAGGUGGAUGAAGUCAGCAAACAUCUGAAGGAGGAGAGAUUGAAGACUCUAGAGCUGGAGACACAGAUUCAGUCCAGAGCUCUGGACCAGAGACACGCUCAUGAGUUGCAGGACCGAAUCCAAGACUUAGAAAAGGAAAGAGACCUGCUCAAAGAAAACUGUGAUAAGUUCAUGAAAAGUGCAUUCGAUGUGAGUCUGGAGCAGAAAUGGAAAACGAGGGAACAGCAGCUCAAACUUCAGAUUGCUCAGCUGGAGAUGGCGUUAAAAUCCGACCUCCAAGAUAAAAACCAGAUCCUGGAUAAGAUCAAGGCAGAGAGAGAUUUGAAUGAAAAGCUCACGGAGGAAAACAAAGAACUUCAGCUGCGUUACCUUGAGCAGAAGCAACAACUAGAUGAAAUCAGGGAUCGCAUGAAGUUUUUUACCAAGGAAAGUGAAAUAGAUGCAGCAGAACUCAGCGAAGCCCUGUUGCUCAUUAAGGUUCGUAGGAGUCAGAAGAGUGGAGAUCUGGGUUUCCUGGAGAGGGUGGAGGAGGAUGUGAAGGUGGAUGAGGGGCGUUCUCUAAAGCUUCUGCAGGCCACUCACGCUGAGACCGUUCAAGAGCUGGAGAAGACCAGGAACAUGCUUAUCAUCCAGCACAAGAUCAAUAAAGACUAUCAGGCUGAGGUUGACCUGGUAACUCGGAAAAUGGAUGAUCUAAGGCUUGAAUACGAGAUGAAAACCAAGAAACUGGCUCAGAUUCUGGACAUGAGAGCUAUUAAGAUUAAGAAACUUGAAGCCCAGCUGAAAGACAUUGCAUAUGGAACCAAGACCCACGUUUUUAAACCCGAUCUAACCGAUGAGGACGUUACGGAUGAGUUUGAGGAAAGUCUUCGUCUGGCACGAGGAGAAAACCUUCUGGAAAUACACUUGGGAAGAGCCGAGUUCUCACCUGAAGCUGUAGAGUGCUUGAAGGACAAAGAGCCUUCCACUUUCUGCACAUACGCCUUCUAUGACUUUGAGCUGCAGUCCACAGCUGUGGUGCGAGGUGCCCGUCCAGCAUAUGACUUCACAUCUCAGUACAUCGUGAGAGUGGACGAGCUCUUCUUGAAUUACCUCCACAGCAGCUCUGUUACCAUCGAGGUUCAGCAUGCUGAGGGCUUAAGUUUCCGUACAGUGGCCGCUGGACAGCUCAGUUUAAAUCAGCUGCUGGAGCGAGAUGGGAAGGUGUUUGGCACCGUCCAGUUAGUUGGUUUUAUAGAUGAGAUCCAGGUGUUUGGUACCCUAGAGUUCUGUCUCAAACUGAGAGUUCCUAUGGAACAAGCCAUUCGCCUUUAUAAGGAGAGAGUCAAAGCACUUGGUUACCUCAACACAAGCACCAGAGACAGUCAGGUUUUGUCAGAUCAUGUUCCCUAUUCUUCAUCAUUAAGUGAGGGUGAUCUAAAUGAACUUAACAUCACCAUACACUCCUGCUGUAAUCUGAAAUCCAGAGGUCCACACACCCAACCCAGCCCCUACGUCAUCUACAAACUCUACCACUUGCCCGAUCAUGAUACGCCAAUCAUUUCCUCAACAAAUGAGCCACAGUUUGAAGAUCACAUGGUCUUUCCCUUAGCCAACUCUGACCUUGAUGCGUUCCUGAGGUCAGAGGCUCUGCUGUUGUACGUCUUUGAUGAUUUGGAUGUCGAGGAUGAUAUGUAUCUGGGGAAGGCCAGAGUACCUCUCAUCUCACUGGCCCACGAUAAAACCAUCACGGGUAUGUUUGAGCUCACAGAUCCCGCGGGACUGCCCAGCGGCCAAAUCAAAGUGACGCUUAAAUGGAAGUUCACCCUCCUCCCUCAAGCAUCCUCAGCCGUCACAACACAACAGACCAAACAGACCAGCAGAGAGACACCAGAGAGACGGACAUUACAAACGGAAACAACACAGAGCGAGAAGCUGAUGCCUAAAGACCUUCCUGUAUUACCUCAACCUGUCACUUCAGAGACUCCAGUGCCCAAACCAAGACAGAGGACUCUAACAAAAUCAACCAGUAAAAGAGUUUCUUUUAUGGACGUCUCGGAGCUUGAAAAAGAGAUGGAGCAGACUGCAGCAGCAGCAGCAGCAGCUAAUGGUGAUGAUGAAGAGACGGGGUCAACUGUAACCCCUGCACCAAAGACAGUCAGCGUUGUGGAGGCUGUGCAGCCCACUCCAGUCAGUCAAGAUGAAGACGAGGAGUCUCGCUUCUCUGAGGGUCAGCUGAUCACUGCCAGCUCUCAGUCUGAUGAGUCUGAGAUUUCUGAGGACCUGCAGGAGCAAUUAACAGGUCCGGAUGAGGACAGUGAUGAGUGCAUUGUUCCUGCUCAGAGCAGACAGAAUAAAACACAACCUGCCGAGUGCAUUCGUGUGGAGAUUAUGUCUCUCAGUUUAAAGCCGGGAUCCAGAGUAGUAGAAGACAGUGGCAUCGUCCGGCUGUUUGUGGAGUACUGUUUCCUGGGCCUGCCAUCAGUCGAGACCCCGCUGUCACUUAAGAAACCUUUGUCUGGAGACAGUGUCUCCUACAACUUCAGCAAUGCAAUCCAUGUAGAUAUGAAAAAUAACCAAUCCAGACGUCAGACUCUGAGAGCGGUGCUGGAGGGUCGUUACAGACAUCUCGAGCACAUAAAGUUCACAGUAGUGAGUGACCCUCCGGAGGAGGCGGAGCAAGAGGAAGACUGUGAGGAUGUGGGUGUGGCUUAUCUGCGUAUUGUUGAUAUCCUGGAUAAACAAAGAGACAUGAAGGAUGUCAGUCUGAACAUUGUGGAUGUUCAGGACAGCAGUGAAGUUCUCGGCCAUCUCGUCGUGACUGUUGAAGCUCUGGAGGCCCUGACAUCCAUCCUGAAAGAUCCCGAGCGCGAUCGUCCUCUCGCUGCAUUAACUUAAUCUCAAAAAAGAAAAUGAUAUACAUUUUCCAUUUGUGUUGUUGGGUCAGUGACAUUACAUGUUCCGUGAAUAAUUUCUAUUUAAUUGCCUGAUUUGACCAAAACAGGAUUUAACAUGUGAAUGUGGCGGUCUGUUUGGCUUAAACACACAGCACACAGUGAGAAGAGAACAUAUGGGAGCGAAACAGACUUUUUAUGUUUGAUCCCUUACUGUGUGAAAUCACAUCCUAAUGUUUCUCUUAGUGGCCCGCAGUGUUUCGUUUGAUGGAGCGCUGAUGCUUAGUCCUUUAAUAACUCUGCAUAAUGAAAAGCCUGUUAAGCUUCAUUAGCCGACGCUUUGGCAGGCGACGCUAUAUUAUUGAAGGUGCGAAAUGAAAUUUAACUGGAUUUAAUGAGAUUAAAUCAGGCUCUUUAAAAUGCUAAUGUGCAUUUUCAUGCGUGUCAAGUUAUGGCACUCGCACCGAUUCUCCAUAUGAAAUAAAUUCAAUACUGUAUGUUACUGCUAUUUGUGCUGCUGGUUUACUACUUGAGAUUUCUACAGAGGUGUGCAUGUGUUUGAGAGGACAGUUCUGCAGGUUAUUAUUUUGUGAUCUUUUUUAUAGACGUGUAAAUGUUUUGUAUUUAUAAACAUUUCAGAUUAAUUUUAA